GUUAGCACACUCGGAAUGGUGACAAAUGCUUUAGCUAACUUCUCUUUGCUUUAUGACCCACUGCGACGGAAUUCCUUUUGCAUACUAUGUUUUUCUCACAUUACCUCCAACUUAGGGGUUUUACUUAUAUUCCUGCUUUAUGCUGUGCCAUCAACGCUCGGACAGAAGGAAGUUGCUGGUGAUCAGAUGAACAAGAUUAUGGGACAACUGACAGUUGUAUUUUGGUAUGCAACUGCUUACUCGCACUUGGCCAUAUCCGUAAAUCGUCUAGUAGCAAUUGCUCUCCCAUUCCAAGCGGCCAAGCUGCUUACUAGGCCAAAAUCAUUUCUUUUGGUUCUUGUCAUCUGGUGUAUCGGGCUCUGCCAUGCCGCUCCUUAUUUCUGGAGUGAGUGUCUUGUCAAUCUAGCAAAUAAUCGUCAAUCACUUCUAGGAACAUACUGUUACGUGUACUACGACUGCAGAAAGUGGAGAUGGAUAAUUGCUGAAUCACAAUGCGGAAAAAUUCUCAUCUACGUUGCAAAAUUCAGUAUGUUUAUUCUGAUUGUGAAAUGCGUCAUAGAUGUCGUUGCUGUUGUAAAAUUUAGGAAAAUCAACAAGGUAUUUGCUUCUAAUACAAGCUUGUUCACACUGAGUGAGGUUCAAAAAAGAAAACGCCGCAUGGAAGUUAAAUUUUUCAAACAGACCCUUCGUCGAAAUGGACUUUUCCUCGUGGUUUUCGUCAACUUUCACUAUAUAUCUCCACUCUUCGAUGACCGCUGGCUAGUUUACUUGACAAGCACUUUCGCUUGGCAGCUUCUCCAUGCCCUUGAUGGGUGCGUCCUUUCUUCUUGA